GGCGAAAAGGCGGUCCAAGAAGCUGGCAAUAUUGAGGCAUAUCUCAAGAGGGAGCUCUGGCAAGGGUCGGUGCUGCCCAUGUUUACGGAAAGAAACCUGCAAGCCUUUUGCCAGCGUAACCUGAUUGUCCUCGAGGCGGCGGCGCUCUGCGGACAGACUGGGCCGGAAGAAAUAUCUCGUAGCGGCCAAAAGGGGCCCUUUUUCAUGGUUCCAAAAACCACUGGUUUGAUGGCAGUCGAGGUGGAAGCAUAUUGCUCGAGGUUUGGUUGCGAUGCGAGCAUUGUCGACAGUAAAGUCGCCGAAUGGCUGAUCGGCCAAGGUCAUGUGCAGGGUGAUCUGGCUGGCAUCGUCGUGGCAGUCUCCGCCAUUCACAAAGGUGAACCACGGCGACGUGAAACCAUUUCCAAGAUCUGAAUCGAGGUUAAUUAGCAAUAAGACCCUCACAUAAUUGACUCGGUUGGAUAUUGCGAGCCGAUCCAAAGUGCAUAUGGGUGAGCAAAAAAGCUAAUAAAUGAGCUACUUACAUGCCACGAGCAAAUCCCCCUCUUUCA